AUGGAGUGCGCAGCUUCGAGAACUUCACCAGCCUUCCACUUCGUGCAGCAGCGCGAGCCCUCGCGGAUUCCCAGAGUCUUGGUGCAGGACUCAUGGCGCUACAUCAGCACCUACUUCCAAGCCAUGGGCUCUCUCACCCAAGCUUCGGUCUUAAGGAGUGCUACCGUGACGGCCAUGUCGCACGAGGAUGAGAAUGUCAGCCGUACUUUGUCCAUUGUAGGGGCCUUGUAUGCUUCUCGAAAUCCUCAGAUCUUGAGGAUCAACGCCAAAGAGAAGCGCAACGUGAUGGAAACUUGGGUGAGACAGAAGUCUGUCAUUGAACUAGAGCUCAAGAAGCCCGAGACGACAAACUUCACUCCGGUCUUGAUGAGUGCUCUCCUGUUGGCGGCGGUUGAGCUCAUGUUAGCUCAGAAAGACGGGACUUUCAAGUCGUGGCUCACGAGAAUCUCCAACUUUCUGAAAGCAUGCAGCCAGAAGUAUCCAAUCUCAUCUUGGACGCCAUUUGAGAAAGACUUGGUUCGCUUUUUCAAGUUCCUAGACAUUCUUUCUAGUAUUGCAGAAAGGGGACCCCCAGUCGAACCUCAGGUCGCUCCUGAACCUUGGCCGGCGCGGCCUCUCACCGUUGAAGCAUCAGGUGGGACGGUGCCAUCACCAGACUCCAGAAAGGUAGACGCCAUGCUUUCUGCGAUGUGGCAGUGGGCAAGCUUGCAGCCAAGGGCUAUGACAUGGGUCACCAAAACACAAGAACAGCGACUCUUCUCAGACGGGUCUGAAUCGUUCAAAGAAUCGAUCGACCUCAAGGUCCAGGGACUGGAUAUCAUCUGCGAGGUGUCAGCAUUGCAGUCCCGAAUGAUUGGGAACCUCAUGCAACUGUCUACAGACCCGCACGACCAUGCUUCCGCCAGCAUCAGCCCUUACUACCACUGGGCUCUCACUGGCUUGUCUCACAUGCUCCAACAUGAUGCGUGGAGGUUUCUUAUGUGCGACUUGCCUAUCAUGCCCGCCGAAGUGCUUCACCAGCAGGCCUUGGCCGCCCUCGGGCACGUCGAAACACUGAUAGGCCAGCUCGGCCUCGACCUCGCACUUUACUUGCCGUUUGCUGACUUUGUCGGUCAGGAGAUGGAGACGCCUGCGGAGCAACAGCGCAUGUUGAAGUUUCUGGACAUUAUCAAGAGCAGAGGGUUUGAUGUGGUGGACGAGUACAGAACUCAUCUCCUCGGGAAGUGGGAUCCUCAAGAAAUACACAUUUGCAACAGAGCUACGUUAUGA